AUGUUCGCCAAGCCAAGGCCCAAGAAGAGUGUUCUUCCACCACCCUCCAAGAAGCGAAAGAAUGUAUCCGCUGUAGAUGAAGUCAAUUUUGAUUUCGAUGCGCGAGAAGAAUACCUGACUGGUUUCCACAAGCGCAAGCAGCAAAGGAUUAAGAAUGCCCAAGAAGAGAAUGCCAAGAGAGCGCGUCAAGAAAAGCUUGAGAUGCGAAAGCAGAUACGAGAGGAACGAAAGCGCGAUGUCGAGGAACACGUAGAGACCGUGAACAGGCUGCUACGAGAGUCAGAAGCUGCUGGUGCGGUCGGCUUGGAAUCCGACGAAGAAGAAGGAGAAGAAUGGGAUGGUUUCCCUGACCAGCCCCAACUCGACAUUGUUGAUCACGAAGAAGAAUACAUCGACGAGGAUCGUUACACAACAGUCACGGUCGAGUCCGUAUCGGUUACAAGAGAUGGAUUACACAAGCCUCAGGUCGACGACCCAGAAAAGGAAGAGGACAAGAAGGAAGAAUCCAAGGACGACAAGACAGAAAAGUCACGCCGGGAGCCCAAAAAGAAGAAGAAGAAGUUCCGAUACGAGUCCAAGUUCGACAGGCAGCUUACCAACAGGAAGCAGAAGAUUAAAAGGGCCAAGAGGGCAGAAUAA